UAACAUCACGACAGUCACAGUAGUUUUCCGGGAAAAUUUGCAUAAUUUGCAAUUUACUAAAAUUGCCUAUUAAUAAAGAUUUGAACUCUUUGUAGGCUGACAGCAACUAUGGCUUUUGAGUUUGGUUUCCAGAAGUUUGGGGAUGAAGAAGAUGAAGAUGAGGAAUUAGAUUUUCAUUUUGGUGGGGGUAUGAGAGAUGGACUUAUAUUGCUGUUAGAUUGUACUAAACCAAUGUUUGAUGUGGAUGAUGAGGACGAAGAUGAAAGUCUGUUCCAGCGCUGUAUCAGAUGUUGCAAGACUACGUUACAGAACAAGAUCAUAAGUAGUGAAAAGGACUUAAUAGGUGUUGUUUUCUUCGGAACCGAGAAGUCAAAAAAUCCAAAUGACUUUAAACAUAUUUAUAUAUACCAGGAGUUGGAUCAGCCAGGUGCUCCCAGAAUAUUACAACUUGAAGAAAUGUGUGAAGAGAAUUACAAGACAUUUACUGUAGAUUAUGGACACAGUCCAGCAUUUUCCCUCAGUGAGGCUUUGUGGACAUGUCAGAAUAUGUUUGCUAAUAGCCCACAAAAAGUGAACUCGAAGAGAAUUCUGUUGUUUACAUGUAAUGAUAAUCCACAUGCCGGAAACCAGCAGUUACAGCGUCAAGCUAAGACAAAAGCAAGUGAUCUCAAUGAAACUGGUAUAGACCUGGAAUUGAUGCAUCUACAGUUGCCAGGGGAAACAUUUGAUGUCACCAAAUUCUACAAGGACUUACUGUACACAGAUGAUGAUGAGUUGACAGAGUUACCUGACCCUGCUGAAAAACUAGAGGAACUACUUUCAAGGGUACGAUCGAAAGACCAUAAGAAGAGAGCACUGCGGCAUAUUUCCUUAUCACUGGGUGAAGGAUUGGAAAUGGGUGUAGGAGUGUAUAACUUAGUAAGACCAUGCACCAAGCCAUAUCCAGUAAAAUUGGACAAAAGGACCAAUGAGGAGCUGAAAAGUCAUUCAAAAACAUAUCUGAAGGACACUGGAGAAGUUUUAAUGCCACAAGAUCUCAAGAAAUGUCAGACAUACGGUGGGAAAAGAAUCUUCUUUGAAAAUGAAGAAGUGAAUCAGAUAAAGAGAUUUGACCCAUCAGGUUUAUAUUUGAUGGGAUUUAAACCAAGAAGUUCAUUAAAAAUAUACUUUAAAGUAAAACCAGCUUCGUUCAUUUAUCCUGAUGAAAAAACUAUUAUUGGCAGCACUACAUUGUUCACAGCAUUAUUGAAGAAGUGUGUAGAUCGUGAUGUGGUCCCAAUCUGUAAAUACAUCCCCGGGAAAAAUUAUCCGCCAAGAUUUGUUGCUCUACUUCCGCAGGAGGAAGAGUGUGAUGAACACAAGGUACAGUUAUGUCCCCCUGGCUUCCAUGUUAUUUUCCUACCAUUUGCAGACGAUUUCAGGAAAGUCAAGUAUGAGCAAAAUACAAAAGCUAAUUCAGACCAGAUAGAUGCUGCCAAAGAGAUAUUGAAGAAACUUCAGUUUACGUACUCAGCAGAGAGUUUUGAGAACCCCGUUUUACAGAAACACUGGAGAAACAUCGAGGCCCUGGCUUUAGACAGAGAUUCGCCCGAAGAGAUGACAGAUUACACACUACCAGAUGAGGAUAGAAUAAAGAGGAGAGCUGGUGACGCUAUAGAUCAAUUUAAAGACCUUGUUUUUCCAGCAGGAUACGUUGCAGGGGCCAAGAGAAAGGCAGGAGGUGGCGGAGACCCAGGUGCUAAAAGAGCCAAGACGGAGCAGGCGGCUUCAGGGGUUGACCUGAAGGCAGAAGCUGAAGCUGGCCGACUUGGUAAACUGACAGUGCCCAUUUUAAAGGAGAAGAUAAAAGAGAACGGCAUAUCCUGUACGGGCACGAGGAAAGCUGAUCUAAUAGACGCAAUUUGUGCACACUUCAAUGUGGGCGUGUAAAAGGGAUGGACACGGUAUAAUGUGGGCGUGUAAAAGGGAUGGGC